AUGUCAUACUCAACGCUGUUCACAGUACUAGCAUGUAUUUUGGUAAUAGUUCUUUACAAACUACAUGAGUCAAAGUCGACGAAAUUGCGUUCAGUGCAAUUGGAGUACGAAAGCUUUUUAAAAUCAUCGAAAUCAUCCCAAGAUGAGCAAACCAUGUUGUUUAAAGAGGAGUUGGAAACUUUGAAGAAAGAUUCUUUGGAAAAGAUUGAACUUAGUAAGAAGCAAAUUGGACAGCUUGAAUCUCAGCUAAGAGAGUAUACUGUAAAAAAUGAAAAGUUGGUUGCAUCGGAAGACAAGUCGACCUCAGAGGCGUUAAGUUUGAUGAGGAAGAUCUCAGCCAAGGAGAAAGAAAGUGACCAAUUGAAGCAUGACUUAGAACAAGCACAAAAGCAUGGUGAGAAACUAGCUCAGGAUUACAAGUUCCAGUUGAAUACCCAAAUUGAGAAGUUGGCAGUGGAGAAGGAUUCAAGAAUCGCAGAGUUGGAAGAAUUGGUUGCCACUACAAAACGCGAAACACUAUACCAGAGAGAGUUAUUCAAGACGACUGAAAGUGACAAAGAAGAUACAAUAACUGAACUUCGUCAAUCGCUUAGUGAAUUGCAAAAGAAGAUUGAUGAGCUAGAACAUAGCAACAAAGACCAAGUUUCCAAGAACAACCAGCUAAUCAAGGAUUUUGAUCAACUGCAAAAGGACUUGGAAGAUUUGAGAUCAGCUUACAAGACUAUACACGAAGAUUAUGCUAAAGUAUCUGGAGAUCUCGACGACACAAGGAAGGCAUUGGUGGAUCUUAAAGAAAGAGCGGAGAUGCUUGUCCAUUCGGAAACAAAUUUGGGCAAUGAACUCAAUGUAUCUAAAAGUAAAAUUCAUGAACUGUCGGAGAAAAUUGACUCCACAGCUAAGGAGCUACAGAUCUACCAAGCAUUCUUCAAAAAGUGCGAAUUUUACAUUGAAGACUUGAAACGUUUUGAUCCUGGUUUUGCUGAAAUUGCAAAGCAUCUAGAACAAGUAGCAACAACCUAUGAGGCAGUUUCAUCAGGAGAGGACUACCACUCAGAUGAUGACUAUUUAUCUGACACAAAGCAGGGUGAGGUUGAUCAAAAUGAGUUUGCUAUUUUAACCAAAAAAGCAUCAAAAAAUACAUUCACUCUAAUUGAAAGGUAUAUCGAAGAGUUGAGAGCAAGAGUGGCUCGAGAAAAAUCCUUAUCAGGUAAGAAUGGAUCAGAGAAUAUCGAUUUGAAAAAGGCAGUUGCCGAGUUGAAAAAACAGUUAAGUGACGCAGAGUCCAGAAAUGUGACUGUGUUAAGUAUUAUUCUUGAGUCAAGAAAUUUGGUUGAGGAUGAGCUUUCAAAAAGUCCUGUAAACGAAAAGAAAUUGAAGGAAGUUUUUCAUAAUGCUUACCAAAAUAUUGAGAACUGUUUGAAAACUGGGAGUUAUGAAAAGGAUACUUCUCAGAGUGAUAAUAAACUGGAAAGCAGGGACAAAGGCUCGCCUAGUCACAUGGCUGGAUUUGAAAAUGGUACGGCUCUGGGAUCCCAAAAUUUAGACGGAAUUUCAAAUACAAAAGAAGCGGAACAAAAGCGAUUCAAUGGUGGAAAUGUGCUAUCACCACCUGACUCUCUGUCCAAAACAAGAAAUUCAGUGGAAAAUAAGAAAGAAGAAACUGUGGAUACAAUUGAUGUUACGGUUGAGAAAAACGACAAGACCAACGACAAUAAUGAACGUAGGCACUCGCCUAAUGAAUCGACGCUACCUAAAGAUGAUACAGAAGAAAUGGUGCUGUCCAAGAGUCACGAUACUCCUAAACCAACCGCAAAAGGUUUAACUCUAUCUACAAGCAACAAGGUAGAGCAGCCACUUUCAUCGAUGUGGGCAUCCAAAAAAAAUUCUCAUGCCAAUAGUGAUGCUGAUUCCGGUUUUGCUCCACUGGUCCCCGUCUUUAAGACAGUUCAAGACAUUUUCUCAACCUCUCCACCAGCACUCACUUCUGAUGCUAAGGAGAAUAUCGGCACUGGCCCUGAAAGCGGUGCUUCCAAAAUAUCAGAUAAGAGUAAAAAGUGUGAUAUAAGGAAGCUAGAUGUUACAGACAAGACUGAAAAAAGUGAAUCUGAUAACUUCAAGCUGACAAACGAUGAAGUCGAAGACUCGAGUGAGGAAAAGAAUAACUGCAAUGAAGGAGAUUCAAAACACGAUCUAGAAGCUAGUGUAUCAAACCAGGGUGCUGAUUCUGACGAAGGUAAAUCGACAUUGGAGAAAAUUGAUGAAAAAUUACGUGAAGAUGUAAUUGCUGAAGAGAAGACUACUCAAGAUGAAAAAUUAUUGGCUAAAGAAGAAGCCGAAGAGGACAAAGAAAUCUUGAGUCGAUACAAUCUUCGUGCUGCUGAAAAUGAAGGAGAUGAAGGAAAAGAGAUGGAACCAUCAAUUGACCCUCUCUCGGAAGAUCCAGCAGGCGAGGAAGGUAAGGCUAAUGUGAAAGAAGAAGCAAAUGCUUUUCAUUCAAUCAGUGAAAGCCAAUCGAAGUUUGAGGCAUUUAAAAGGGAUAUUGAAGAUGCUAAAGAUGCAAGCACUAGAGCAGACAUCUACACAAACGACACUAACGGUACUAAAGAUGCUAGAAACACCAACGACACCAACGACACCGACAAUGACAACCACGCCAAGGAUUCCACGCAUUUAAGUGAAACACACUCUGGUAGCGUUAGUGAACAAAUGUUCAAUGCAUUUAAGAGAGAUAUAAGAGAUGCAAAGGAAAUAGAAGAUUCAAAUGAGGAUCUGGAAGAUGGACCCAUGAAAGAGGGUAAGGACACGAACGAAGAAGCUAAAAAGGGAAGUAUUAAGGAGAGUAUAGAAAUGCAUGAAGGAGCCAAGGAUGAUGUAUUUAAGAGCAAUGAAGUCAAGGGCGAAAAAGUCAAGACGGAUGGUGCCAAGAAUGCCGAUGUCAAACAAGACGAAUUCAAGAAGGAUGAUCACCUCAAAGACAAUGAGUCCCCAUCCAAGGAUGAAAAACUGGAAGAAGAUUCGAAAUCCAAAUUUGACGCAAGUUCACUGGCUUCUGAGGAUUUGAAUGGCGCUAAGCAAAAAAUAGGUAGAAGUCACAAUGUAGACAACGUUGGCAAUUCGAAUGCAUCCAUUGAGACCGCAAAGUUACAAAGCAAAAACGAAAGUAUUACUGAUACCAAAUCUGGUGAAGAUAAACCAAUAUCUAAAUUGAAAUCUGAAGAAGAUGCGCAAACUUCAACUUCAAAGUCAGAAAACACACAAUCCGACACAACUUCUGUAGCUGAUAAAGGUGAGCAAUUUCCAACCUACGAUUCAAAUUCGGGCGAAGGUUCAACAUCGUCUAAACUAAAUGAGGUUGAUUCAAAAGCAUUAACCACCAAUGAUAAUUCCACAUCAGUAGGUAUUGAUACUGCUCAGAAAAUUGUGUCUUCUCGGGAACACACUGAACAAGUUAUUGAUGAAGUAAAGAAUAAUGAAAAGCAAAAACUGGAACUUAAUGAUGAGCAUGAAGAAAAGAGCUGUGCAAAAGAAGCCAACAAUAAUAACAAACUAGACCUAAUGCCAAGAACUGAUGAACAGGGUGACCAAGACAACGGUAAACGAAACAAUGAUGAGGCUGAUAGCAUUACACAUUCAUUUGAUGGCGAAUCUGAAGAAAUGAGGGAGGAGGAUGAAGAAAUGUCUCAAAGCCGAGGUUCAAUUGAGAGUGAAAUCACAACAAAUAUUGACGAUACUUUAAGUUUGGGUCAUGGAGAAAGCAAUGAUGAGAAAAGCGCUAUUUCUAAUGAGGAUAUUGACAUCAAGUCAACGUCAGCACGGGAUUUGUUUGAAAGUUCAAAUAAGUCAUCGAAUUCCAAGUCAAAUUCAGCUUCACCAACAAAAAUGAAAUCGAAGAAAGGUAAAAAGAAGAAAUCUAAAAGUGCAUUUUGA